CAUAAAUGAAACGAAAGAGGAUUCAAAAACUGCACUCCGAAGGGCCAGAUGCAAAAACUGCAAGAACCUGCCCCAGCACCAAUGUCCCAGAGGAUGCAGCCCGGGCCGUAGAGGAUGAGGAACACGGAGGGGAACAGCUCCUACGACAAGAGCUAAGGAGUACGAUUCUUGCCAUUGUGUCAGAACGCUUUCAAAGGGGCACUACCGCUUGCCCAAGCGAGGCCCCCAGGCGCCUACGCCUUCCCAACUGGCGCGAGCUUAUGGAGCUUACACGGGACAUUGCAAGGGAGCUCGCGAGUGAGGGCAGAAUCGAAAUCUUACAGCGCGGACAGGUGAUCGACCAUUCAAGCUCCAUUCGUGGACCCAUUCGGAUACGGAUGAAGCAAUAGGAGCUCCUGAAGCCUUGGCCCCGUCCUGCCGUGUAACGAACAUCGCUGACACUAACCACUACCGUACACUUGCCGUGUCGAGCGGGAGCACAACGAAGUGGCUAAAGCGCAUGCGUACCCAUAUAUUUACUGAAUAGGGUGUACGGGAAACUUUGGUGUCUAGAUACCCUACUACAGGAUUGUAGGCUACCGUUAGGCUGAGGAGACAGGUGAAGGAUGUCAAAGCCAUUUGUUUAGCUUUAGAGCAAGGCGUGAGGUACAGAUACAGGUG